AUGAAUCAAGCGAGUACUGGUACUGGUACUGGUACUGGGACAGGUACAGCUAUAGGUGCUACUGAUGAUGAUCAUUUGGAUAUAUUUGCCGAUUUAGAUACUGAUUUGAUUGAGAUCUUUAGUCGUGGCCAACAAGGUCAAUUCUUUAGAGGUAUACCAUUAGAACAACAUAAUCAGCGAUUAGAUAAUUUGAAUGAUUAUUUGAUUGCUCGAGCUGAGAAUAGACAAUACUUAAGAUUAAGAGAACGGGAGUUGGAAUUACUUCAAGAACUACAAUUACAUCAACGAGGGUUAGGAUAUGGAUUUCAAUAUAUUUAUUUCAUUUGGUUAUUUGGUAUACUACCCAUACCUGCUCUUCAUUAUAAACAACUAUGGAGGAAAUACCGUCCUCAUAAUAUCAGAGCUCUCUUAAUGAAGUUUGUGGCUAGAACUCUUAUGAUAUUGGUUCGAGUGAUUCGAUUUAGUUCAUUUGUAUUGGCGUCAAGUGCUUAUUUACAUGGGAUUAUCCGGAAUUUAUUCAUUUUUAGUAAUUAUAUCACCUUUUCAGAAAAUUUUAUGAGAGACGUAUUAACUUAUGUACUUCAUGAUUCAACUUUAAUGUUAGAUCGUCAUUUUGAAGUUAUGAAACAUCAAGGAGAUAUUUUUUAUUUUACUGAUGAUCCAAAUUAUAAUAAAUUUCUGAUGUUUGAAAUCAUAGGUAAAUUAAUCAUAAAUUGGAUAUCAAGAUCAAUUCAAACUUCUUGUGUUAAAACAACUGUGGAUUGGGAAUGUACAGUUAUGGAUCAAAGUUUAAUAUUCAAAUUUUCUGAUGUUUUAAUCUCAUUCUUCCCAUCAUUACAACCAAGAUCAUUUUCUUUAAAGCUGGCUACAGUAGGAAUAUUUGUAUUAUAUGCUUUAAUUGGUGAUAUUAUUUGUGUUAAUAUCUUGGUAUUUUCAUUUUAUAAUAUUGGUACUAGAGUCUUAGGUUAUAAAUCAGUGAUGGGUAAUAUUGGAAGUAUUAUCUAUAAUACGUUAUUUAGUGAACUUUGUUAG